GCCGAGCCACUACUGGCCGCCGAGUAGUGAUAGAGCGAGAUUGAAGUGAAAGACCAGAGUCGAUCCGCAAAUCUUGCCCGCACCGACGAUGUGGGUGGUGCCUGAGUGACCGUGGGAGCCAGCCUGUCUUAGGUCGGACCGUUGUGAGGACCGGAAAGAGUGUGCCCAAAGUGUCGGCUUCGGCUGGGAAGUCCGGUUCAGCCCGCCGUCUAGACAGCGGACUCAGGGGGACGGGCUCCCGCCACAGCGCCGCUGCUGAUCGCCGCCGCCUUAGCCUUGAUCGGCCUCGUUCUCGGUGUUAUCACUCUGACGUCCUCGAGUGAUUAUUGGCCACGGAAGAACCCUUGACGUGGACGGCCAGAGCCAGGCCUAGCCCCUGGUGUACGCUGCUGACGUCGCCACCACCCGCCUACGAGAUUGAGGUCGUUCCGGAAUAUGUGAGCCAGGUUUAACCGCUUUCCUGUGUAGGGUUUCCGGGAAAAAUCCAUCGAUCUCGUUCGAAGCACCUAGCCAGCCAUUCCCCGCCCCUCCGUCUGAUUAUCGCCUGCAUCAUGAGUGACACGAGACGCCGCGUCAAGCUGUACGCCUUGAAUGCUGAGCGUCAAUGGGACGACAAGGGCACCGGGCACGUCAGCUCAACUUACGUUGAAAGGCUCAAAGGCGUUUCAUUAUUAGUGCGAGCCGAGUCCGAUGGAUCCCUUCUUCUGGAAUCUCGAAUUCAAAGUGACACAUCGUACCAAAAGCAACAAGAGACCCUGAUCGUGUGGUCAGAAGGUGACAAUUUCGAUCUGGCGCUCUCGUUUCAAGAAAAGGCCGGAUGCGAUGAAAUUUGGGAAAAAAUCUGUCAAGUUCAAGGCAAAGAUCCGAGCAUGGAUUUCACUCAAGACAUUGUGGAGGAGAGCGAAGAUGAACGUUUUGACGAAAUGAUGUCGGGUAGCGAUGCAGUACAGCCUAUUGAGCUUCCUCCAUGUGAAAUUGGACGAUUGGAGGAGAUCUCUGAAUUAGUCAGUAGCUGUCUCCAGUCCCCCAUGCGACGGGAGAAAUUGGCUGUGGCUAUUGAAAAUGAGGGCUACAUCAAGAAACUGCUCAAUGUGUUUCGAAUGUGCGAGGACCUCGACAACAUGGAUGGGCUCCAUCAUCUGUACGAAAUAUUCAAAAACAUUUUUCUGUUGAAUAAGAACGCCCUGUUUGAGCUCAUGUUUGCUGAAGACACCAUAUUCGAUGUGAUUGGAUGCCUUGAAUUCGAUCCCAAUUUAUCGGCACCGAAGCGUCAUAGACAGUACCUGAAAUCGAUAGCCAAGUUCCACCAGGUGAUUAAUAUCAACAAUCCAGAUCUGCUAUCCAAGAUUCAUCAAACGUAUCGAGUACAAUACAUCCAAGAUGUGGUGUUACCGACACCGUCCGUGUUUGAGGAGAAUAUGCUUUCCACGUUGUCGUCGUUCAUUUUCUUCAACAAGGUCGAAAUCGUGUCUCUUAUUCAGGAAGAUGAGAAAUUUCUCACCGAUCUUUUCAACCAGCUGACCGAUGGCAAGACCGAAGAAAACGCACGCAAGGAGUCCGUCCUCUUUUUGAAGGAAUUCUGCACCUUCUCACAAACACUCCAACCUCAAUCCCGAGAGGCGUUCUUCAAGACUCUUAGCAGCCUAGGUAUCCUGCCAGCACUCGAAAUUACCUUAGCUUCGGAGAACCGUGACACAAAGGCGGCCUCGAUCGAUAUCCUGCUUUUCAUCGUGGAAUUUUCCCCUUCCAUGGUUCGCGAGUACAUGUUACAGCAAUUAGCCAACUCGUCCGAGAAUGACACUUUGUUCAUGAAUGUCAUAAUCGAACAAAUGACAUGCGACACGGACCCAGAAAUGGGAGGCGCCGUUCAACUCAUGGUCAUCAUCCGAACUCUUCUCGAACCAGAAAAUAUGCUUGCCUCUGUUAACAAAUCCGAAAAGACGGAUUUUCUCAACUAUUUCUACAAACAUUGCAUGCACGUAUUCAUUGCCCCGCUGAUGAGCCAUACAUCAAGUGAAAGCAUCGAAAAGAUUAACACGUGUACUGUCCAACUUUUGAGUGUGAUUCUCGAACUUCUCUCGUUCUUUGUCGAGCAUCACACCUAUCACAUCAAGAAUUACAUCCUGCAUAAAGAUCUCUUGAGGAGAAUCCUGUUGUUGGGAAACUCACAACACACUUUCCUAGUAUUGUGUGCUAUUCGUUUCAUGAGAAAAAUCAUCGCUUUGAAGGAUGAAUUCUACAAUCGGUAUAUAAUCAAGGGCAACCUUUUUGCCCCCAUCAUCAAAGCAUUUAUCUCAAAUAACGGACGAUAUAACUUGCUGGAUUCAGCCGUGCUCGAAAUGUUCGAAUUCAUCAAAUCCGAGGAUAUCAAAUCCCUCUGUUCGCACGUGGUAGAGAGCUUUGGGCCCACCCUUGACAAAAUAUCGUACGUUCAAACUUUCAAGGCUCUGAAACUCAGAUACGACCAAAAUCAAGACCGAUUGCGAGACCGUUCUCAAUCCCAAUUGGAAAGUGUGGGUGCCAUCCUUCGACCUGGACGCUUCCGUCGGGAUCCUCGAGAUCUUGAUGAAGACGAGGAAAUGUGGUUCAACGAUGACGAGUACGAUGAUCAACCUGGGUCCAACAAUGGAUCCGGCUCUUCUGGUUCUUUGUCUGCUAAUUCGAUCUCCACGACCAUGAGCAGCAACUUGACUGGAUCUCAAAUUCCCGUGGGAACCACCGCAGCUACUCUUAACCAACAACAAUCAUCUCCUCCCGAAUCCAAUGGAGACAGCUCGGAAAGGCGUGGGAUUGACGCCCCUGAGGUAUUGGACGAAGAGACAUGCUCUGCCUCCGAUCAUAAGCCUCCGCCCGCUCUCAAUGUCGACGAUGUGGAUGAUGAGAUCGUGCCAGAAGGAGAUAAAGCAUUGCCCAAUGGUAUUAACGCAAAUUCAAGUAGAGACCAAGACUCUACCUCAUCCAGCUCAGCCGCCAAAAAGGGCCUGGUUGACUACGAAGAGGACAGUGAUGAAGAGGACGAAGAAGCGGCCUCCACGCUACCCACUACAGACCGUGUCUCGGAAUCCCCUGAACCCUCAAAAUCCGCCGAUCCUCCCGCUGCCUCCACGUCACCGUCGCCAACAUCCUCAUCCUCUUCCUCGAGUCUACCGAAUGGAGAAAAAAGUGACCAAUCCUCCACUGACAACUCCUCUCCAAAAGAGUUGGGCCCUUCGGAGAGCCUCUCGGAGAGCCCAUCUGUUGUAGCCCUUCCCGAUACGGAAACCACCACCGCCCAUGCGAUCUCGAUUGCAUCCCUGGUGAAUGAGGAAUCAACAACAAACCCGUCCUCACCUCCGCCAGCAUCGUCACCAUCAUUAGCUGCCGCAGAAGAAACUUCUAGAACUACCGCAGAAAGAAUUUUUAUAGCUACCGUAGAAGUAAACUCAAGUAAUAUUACGGCAAUUGAGGGGGUGGAAACAAACUCAACGACGACAAUAGAAGCAACAUCAACCGCAACAACAACAACAACAACUGCUACUACUGUUCCUGCUACUAACACUACUCUUCUUUCACUCGAAAAAUCCAAGUCAAGCUCGGGAACAGGCGAAAAACGGAAGCCUGAAGAAGACGGCACCCAAGCUCAAACUAGUUCAUCGCAAAACCAAUCUCAAGCUAAAGCGAUUGGUUCGAAUGAACCCGAAACCCCAUUACCGGCCAAUGACGGGGCCUCGGAAACGCAAUCAGAAGCCCUCCCGGACGCUGAUGCCAGUGAUCUCGAACCAGCUUCUAAAAAGCCUAGAAUGGAUGUUUGAUCGGAUCCUUCCCCUCCUCCAACCUACCCUUCUACUACAACUACAACAACUACUAUUACUACAACUACUACUAUUCCUUCUUCUACUUUCCUGAAUCUGUCUCCGCCCGUUUUGAGCUGAAGUCAAAGCUCACGAGAAUCUGUGCUGCCCCAAUUGCGAAGGCCAGGUUUUCGGCCAGGUUCUCGUAGUGUCCUUUUUCGUAUAAACGUCAUCCCGGUCUGGUGAGAGAAAAAUCAUGAAGACGCGUCUGACCAACUGCCCCAAUAUAGAGCAUCGUCUUACAAAGCUGUCCUUUUUACGUUGCUUUUUCCUAAUUUUAAGCGUCUCCCACUCACACAGCAAAUAAGUACAAAGAACGGUUAUCCUUGUCUGUUUGUUUGUAAUCUCUUUCUGUGUCACGGAAUUUUUGCCCAAGGCGAAAAUGAUUUCCACUCUCAAGAAGUCAAGUGGAUCGGAUAGCAGCGGCAAAGAAUCCUUGUUUUUUUGGUUUUUGGAAUAAGCACCAAUAUUCCGCCCAUGCUGCGUUUACAGCGGAUCAUUUUCACCUCAAGCUAACGCUGCGAUUUCUUGAAGUUGUCUCGAGGAGGCGGAGCACGCUUGUAAUUCAUGUUUCGGGGACGACUGAUGUACUAUUGGCGCCACGAAAAGUGUGAUCAUCAAAAUGGGUAUCCUGUUGUGGAGAUGAAGUGACUCGGGGGCAUUUAAAGAACGAUUUCCUCGCUCUAUUCGCGAAUGAGUGAGGUGUUUUCGCUUUUACCAACGACCCUCAACUACCAUUGCCAUUUCUCGACAUCCGGCAAGCUAUCGUCAUAAUUAAACAGUCGAGCUCAAGGACUCGGGAAAACAGCUCGGGACAACUGAAGCGCUGCAUUGAACGUCAAGCACAACCUCCAUUUAUUCUCCUCGGAACAUCUAGGGGGAGGUUAGACCCUCAGAGACUUGGUAACGGUGAUGUCAGUUGUGGAAACGCCUCCGGAUGAAUUGAACAUGGUGGGGCCCCCGACCUUCUCCUCGUCGGGAAACAAACCUCGGCGAGAACGAGCAUGAACAAACAAAGAAAAAGGUGUCAAAGGCUGAAGAGAUAACUGUGCGUUGGUGUUUCAACCCGCAAUUAUUACAGUAAUAAUAAGAUCAUCAUCAUCAUUAUUAUUGUUAUCAUCCAACAUCAACAUGAUUAAUAUUAUUAUUAUUUCUAUCCUGGAUGAUAACACGUUUUUGUCCAACAACUGAGGGAGGGGAAAAAGUAAAUUGUCCACCUACCUCCCGUUAUUUUCCCCGGUAGAUUUUUUUGGUAAACAAGUAGUAGAAAAAUCAUUUCAUGAAAACAACCUAUUAAUGAUCCAUGCUAAUAGAAUAAUAAAUGGCUAAACCAUAAA